GUUCAUUUAGUAAAGUAUAUUAAACCGAUAAAAGUCACACAAAUUUGAUUAGUUUUUGAGUUUUGAUUACUAUUUUUGUGAUGACAUUGGUGUUGAAGUGUUGGCAAAAUAGUUAACUCAUUUGUGUACCUCAUUUCAUAUCAUAUAAUAUUGAGGUAAACAAGUGAUCGGAGUUGUGUUUAAUAGUGAUUGUAUGCAAAUUAUGAGCCAAUUAUGACAAUCAUAACCAAACAACACAGCAAUAAAAGCGGGGAAUUAGUGAUACAAGUGAGACAACGGUUUCUGGAGGACUACACCAAUAACCCUGAUGUGUACAAUGAGGAGGACGUGGAGCGGAUCCGUACGAACGACUGGUACGUCAAGAGAUUCCUUUUGGCCCGAAGAAGGAAUGUGGACGAGGCCUAUGAGAUGCUGAGGAAUACGAUUAGAUGGCGACAAGAGUUUGGGUUACCGACGAUGAUUGACACCGACUUCCCGACCGAGUUCUACAAAGUGGGCGGACUUUUCCAAUACGAAAGGGAUUUGAGUGGAAAUGUUGUCAUAUAUUUGCGGAUACGAAUGCACCGCAAGAUUGCCGAGAUGUCUGAUCCGAUUAAGAGGUUUCUGAUGCAUAUCGUUGAUAAAACUGAUCGUCAGGUGGAUGGCAACGGAAUGGUUAUUGUAUUUGACUGUUCGGGUGCCGGCUAUUCAAACAUGGAUUUAGAUUUCCUGACUUUCCUCAUAACCGCCGGUAACUCCUAUUUCCCGGUCGGACUCAAGUAUAUUCUUGUUUACGAACUCUCGUGGCUUUUAAAUGCCUUUCGAAGAAUAGCGAUGUCUUUAAUACCGCAAACAUUUUUACCGCUAAUAAAGUUUGCCGACAAAAGUGAUAUCACAAACUAUAUAUCACUCGACAAUUUACCCGAUUUUAUGGGCGGGACGUGUAAACGGAACUACAGGUAUAUACCGAAAGGAUGUCCAACUGUGGCAGAUAUAGCCGCUAAGAACGGAUACACUCAGGAAGACAUCGAUCGCAUUCUCCCAAUCUUUGAACCACUUCUAGCGGAAGCGGACAAAGCCAUCGCUGAUAACAACUAUUUGGAUACAAUUGAUAAUAACGAAGAGAUUACUAUCGGAAGCAUUGAAAUGAAUGAGAAAAUUGAAUCUAACGGUACAAUCAGUGAAAACUUAGUUCCUAUUAAUAAAACAAACUCAAAGCCAAAUAUAUUGGGAUUAUUUCCCAACGAUUUAAUGCAUUUCAUAUACGAAAGUCAUUCCCAAACAUAUGAGACGAAUAUUCUGCUCCAGAAUUUGUGCGAAACUCCGAUUGCAUACAAAAUCCAAUCAAAUAAUCCAAACAAUUAUAACGUUUCUCCGCGUUUGGGAAUAAUCAUGUUCGGAGCCAGUCUUCGGUGUAAUAUUCAACUCAUUUCCGGCAGAAGACAUCAUCCAAAAGACAAGUUUCUGAUUAUCGCUCUUCCCAUAAAUGAUCACAAACUGAAUGUCAAUCAAUUCGCCAGACUUUGGAAAGACAAUAAGGAGAGUAUUAUAUCAUAUAAAUUAUUAACAAACAUGAAUGAGAAAAACAAUCAUUUAGGCAAUGAUGGGGUGGAAGGGGAACAGGAUUUGAGAGCAGAGAUGUGUGCGCCCGAAGUGUUCACUGGGAGUCACACUAACAUCAAGUCUUAA